AUGUCGCAUACUAUCCUACUGAUCCAACAAAAUCAUGAAGCCGAAUCACGCACCUACUGUGAUUAUGAAAGUGUGAAAGAUUGCUUGGAGGGUGUGUGUAAGAUCUACGAGGAGCAUCUAAAGCGGUGCAACCCAAACUUAUCGACCAUAACCUACGACAUUAGCCAGCUUUUCGACUUUAUCGAUCAGCUGAUGGAUCUUAGCUGCAUUGUGUACCAGGAAUCUACCCAAUCGUACGCACCACACAACAAGGAAUGGAUAAAGGAGAAGAUUUACAUCAUGUUGAAACAGGCAGCCACAGGCAGCAACGCGUCGUAA